GUCAAGUACUCUUACAUUCUUGAAGGGUAUAAGCGAAGGCAGGAAGUUUACUGCGCUUUAAUUGAUCGAUUAUUUAACGUCUAGUCGUUGUAAUAUUUUAACGACUGACUUGGGUUGCAGAAAUGGGACAUUUUCUGGAAAGCAACGGAAGUAUGGGUGUACUGACAGAGUAAAGAAGACGGAAAACAUGUCAGAGUGUGAGCGCGCGUUGACUCAUAUGCAUUUGAUCUAUUAGAGAAUUCCAAAGAAAUUCAGGACCGCAAUAACGGAGGACGUGUUAAAGUACCUGGAUGUGUUCUUGAUAUCGAGGUUGCACCGGUGCAGACUUGAGCACUGAACUCGCUCAAGAAGACCCAGAAGUCAUUGCGGCUGGAGGCUGUGCUGAAAGUCAUCGUGCCAUUUUGGACAGAAAGGCCUUCAACCCAAUCCUGAAACCUGGAACGCCACAAUUUCCCCUUCUGUUGGUUCAACAUUACAUAUUCCUUCACUUGACGCCUCGAAAACAGGUCAUGCAAAUGAUGUGAAAUUCAAAUAUCCACAAGACUCUUCCUGCUCAUCCAUCCACCAAACCCCACCUAUUCUAAAUGCUCCAUCCACAUUUUCCUUCCUGAAUCCUCUGUCCCAUCCCGUGUCAAGGCCAUGCUCCGCAAGAGAAGUCCUCUUGUCAUUUGUGGUGCUUUUAUAUUUGUAGCAUGGAAUGUUGUUCUCCUUUUUGUCCUCAUGAGACGCCCUUCAAGUCCCGGAACUUUCAAUAACCAGGAUCAACCUGGAGAGACUGAGCACAGAGCCGAAGGGGGCAAGUUUGGAAAUAUCAUGAAUGAAGUGAUUCGAGUAGCUGAUGCAUUCGAAGCUGAACUUGCAGCUCAGAAGAAGAUCCUACUGCAGAUCCAGAGCCACUGGUCUGUGUGGGACAGCAAAGAUGGCGUGAUUCCUGAGAAGCCGAAAUCAGAAGUUGAACAAUCUGCUCCGGUGGUCAUCCCGAUUUUAGUCAUUGCCUGUAAUCGCGUGACGGUGAAACGCUGCCUGGAUAAACUCAUCGAGCACCGUCCGUCUGCCGAGCUUCAUCCUAUUAUAGUGAGCCAGGACUGCGGACACCUAGAGACGUCUGAUGUGAUUGGCUCGUACGGCAGUCAGCUCACGCACAUUAAACAGCCGGAUCUGUCAGAUGUCGGCGUGCCCCCACAGCAUAAGAAGUUUCAGGGUUACUACAAAAUCUCACGCCACUACAAAUGGGCCCUCAGCCAGGUCUUUAACACCUUUUCGUACUCCUCUGUUGUUGUCGUGGAGGACGAUUUGGAGGUGGCCCCUGAUUUCUUCGAGUACUUCAGAGCGCUUCACCCCAUGUUAAAAUCCGACCCGACCCUGUGGUGCGUGUCUGCCUGGAACGACAACGGCCGGGAUGGAUUCGUAGACCCCGGAAAAGCAAGCCUCCUGUACAGGACAGAUUUUUUCCCAGGCCUGGGCUGGAUGCUCACAAAAGACCUCUGGGCUGAGCUUGAGCCAAAAUGGCCGGCCUCGUUUUGGGACGACUGGAUGCGCCACCCCGAUCAGCGUAGAGACAGAUCCUGCAUCAGACCGGAAAUAUCCAGAACUUUAACCUUCGGUCGAAAGGGUGUGAGUUUGGGGCAGUUCUACGACAAGUACCUCCGCUUUAUUAAGCUCAACACCGAAUUUGUGCCUUUUACAAAAAUGGACCUGUCUUAUUUAGAGAAGGAGAAAUAUGACGAGAGCUUUGAGAAGGAGGUUUACGCUGCUUCACUUGUCAAAUUGGAGGACUUGAAGAGUGGCAAACUGUCCGGAUCUGGCCCGUUUCGGGUGCAAUAUUCUAGUCCGGACAGUUUUAAAAGUUUGGCUCGCAAUCUUGGCGUAAUGGACGACCUGAAGUCUGGAGUCCCGAGAGCUGGGUAUAGAGGAGCAGUUAGCUUUCUUUUACGUGGGAAAAGGGUUUAUUUAGCUCCACCUGCUGGUUGGAGUCAGUAUGAUCCAAGCUGGAGUUGAGGUGGGCUGUGCCUGCUUCUCAUUUAAGGUGCAAAGCACACUAAAACAAAUAAUAUUGCAUGUAAACAUCAUUCCCUUCACAGCAUUGAUGAGAUUAAUUAUCAUUGUGCUGCUUUAUGAUGGAAAACCUCAUUGAAGGGGUUUCAGGAUGAACGUGAUACCAAAGAUUAUAAACAGUCCAUUUUGUUGCCUCAGGUUUCAUUAUCAUCUGUCUCAAUGAUAGGAGUUAUACGAUCAUUUUGAUUAGUCAAAUCAUUAAACUGACAGAGCUAAUAAAUAAACCUUAUACUGACAUAUUUUUCACACAGUGAGUGUUUGUUCAGGAACAGAAAUUGAGUGUAAAAUGUGUUUUAAAAAGUAACACUUUUUUUUUUAAACUGUGAAAACCGAUCUAAGUGCCUAUAAAUGUAUGGAAUUGUCUGAUUCA